CGCCCCCCGCGGGGCGGGGCCGCGGCCGGGCCGGGGAUGGCGGAGGCGGCGCAGGGCCGGGUGCAGGCGGCGGUGGAGCGCGCGGUGCAGGGGCUGGAGCGGGAGCGCAUCCGCGGCAUGCAGGGCGCCAUGUUUCGGUGCAGCGCGCGGUGCUGCGAGGACAGCGCGGCCUCCAUGCAGCAGGUGCAGCGAUGCAUCGAGCGGUGCCACGCGCCCCUGGCCCAGGCGCAGGCCAUCGUCACCGCCGAGCUUGAGCACUUCCAGGACCGCCUGAGCCGCUGCACGCUGCAUUGCAAUGACAAAGCGAAGGACGCGCUGGAGGCGGGGGACGCGGAGGCGCGGGUGCGUGGCCAGCUUGACGCCUGCCUGGCCACCUGCGGGGACGAUCACCUGCGCCUUGUCCCCGCCAUGGCCAAGAAGAUGAAGGACAGCCUGGCCGCCCUCCAACAGUAA